GAGUGGCUGCCCCCUUUCGGCCAGGGCUGAUGCGCUAAGAGGCGGAGGUGGCAGGAGGAGCAGGGCCUCUCCCGGGCGCCCGCCACCAUGUCCAUGCUGCCCACGUUUGGCUUCACCCAGGAGCAAGUGGCGUGCGUGUGCGAGGUUCUCCAGCAAGGGGGCAACAUCGAGAGGCUGGGCCGCUUCCUGUGGUCGCUGCCGGCUUGCGAGCACCUGCACAAGAACGAGAGCGUGCUGAAGGCCAAGGCCGUGGUGGCUUUCCACCGAGGCAACUUCCGCGAGCUCUACAAGAUCCUGGAGAGCCACCAGUUCUCGGCGCACAACCACCCCAAGCUGCAGCAGCUGUGGCUCAAGGCGCACUACAUCGAGGCCGAGAAGCUGCGGGGGCGACCCCUAGGGGCCGUCGGCAAGUACCGGGUCCGCCGCAAGUUCCCCUUGCCCCGCUCCAUCUGGGACGGCGAGGAGACCAGCUACUGCUUCAAGGAGAAGAGCCGCAGCGUGCUGCGGGAAUGGUACGCGCACAACCCUUACCCGUCCCCUCGGGAGAAGAGGGAGCUGGCCGAAGCCACCGGGCUCACCACCACCCAAGUCAGCAACUGGUUCAAGAACCGGAGGCAGAGGGACCGGGCGGCCGAGGCCAAAGAAAGGUACGAGGAAAACAACGAAAAUUCCAGUUCCAACGGCCACAACCCGCUUUCCUCCUCCCUGAACGGCAACAAGGCGGUUUUGGGCAGCUCCGAAGACGAGAAAACACCCUCGGGGACGCCGGAUCACUCUUCGUCCAGCCCGGCUUUACUGCUUAAUUCGAACCCAGGCUUGCAGCCGCUCCACAGCUUGGGCCACCCCCAGGGUCCUAGUGCCAUUCCUGUACCCAGCGCGGACCCUCUGCACCACCACAGUUUGCAAGACUCCAUCCUCAACUCCAUGUCCUCCAACCUGGUCGACCUGGGCUCUUAAGACGUUUGUGGCACCCAUGAUGUCCCUUGGUUGAAUCCAUGCUUCCCACUCGGCUUUUAUUUUUUAUUUUUAAGAAACAAAACACUCAUACCUGUUACCUGAAACAUUGAAAGGGAUGGCAAGCUCCGUCACACGCGGAUCCGUUGUCUGGCUUUGGAUCAAUGCUUGGUCGGCUGACUAAGGACUUUUGGGGAAGGUACUGUAACCUCAAGACCUUGGCAAGUCUUAAGAAGGUUUGGCGAAGCUGGCGGACUCUUCCUUAGGAGUUGUUAUGUGUGUGGUUUUGCAGGGGUGGUGGUGGAGGAAGGGGAGCAAAGGAGGCCAGUGUGCAGCCCCUCACUUGGGAGAGGAAGGGACGCGGCUGGCAGCUUCAGCCUUCACAACCUCUAUGGGAGUUUAUCAGAUCCAGUUUUGGGGUUGCCAACUUCUCAGCCGGCCUCUGGAGCUGCGCUUGAACCCUGAUCAGCACCAAGUGAAGCUUUGCAGGCCUUGAAGAGACCAAAAUGUCCACCAGCAGCACCCUCUUCUCCUCCAUGGCCAACCAGAGGCCUCUGGGAAGCAGAGAGUUGCCCCACCCCCCAGUUCUUAACCCCGAUUCUGAAUGCCAAUUGCUCUCCUGCAACAUGGUCUUCAGAGAGGCGUCUGCUGCUGCCUCUGACCGGAAGCUUCCCUUGCCAUCACGGCUGGCGACCUCUAGUUUGGUACAACAUCUAUUGUCCAUCCAGUUAGUUCUAAUCCCCUUUCAAAACCAUCUCUAAGCCAUUGGCUGAGCGUGGAGGGAAGGCCUAUUAAUCGAACGCAGAUGCCGCUUGCGAAGUUGGCAACUCCAUCCGAUCCGGUUGGUUCUUCUGCUUCUGAAUCUCGGGAAAUAACGUGCUUGGGAAUAAUGUCUGGCUGAAAUCGGGGGGGGGGCUUCUUUCCAAACUCGAGGCUUCUCCCCUCAACCCCCC